AUGGAUUUCCACCUGGUGCCCCGGGGUACUGAUCGGAAUUAUACUGGCUUUCUCACCAAGACGAUUGUCUAUUCCGGCACCUUGGUGUUGUUCCUGGCUUCUUUUGCCUUGACACUAUGCUCGAUCAUUAUCCCUAAAUGGGUCAGCUACCACAGCGAAAAGAAUGCGAGACCUGAUUCGCCUGAAUUUUUUUUCGUUCUUUCUUCUGAGCAGCCCGCCCAUCACUACUCGUACGGCCUCCAUCGACGCUGUUCAUCCCUCUCCGAUACCUGUGAGAGCUUCCCGCAACGUGAAGACUGCCAUGGAGACGAUCGGUACUUCUGCUCCAUGUGGCGUUCUGUUGGGUUCUUGAUGUCGUUCGCUGUCGUCCUGAUGGGCAUUAGCGUGGUGGCCUAUCUCAUUAUCCUGUCUGGCGGAAAGCGACUCCGCGAAAACGGUUGGAGAAUCCUCAGCCUGCUCAUCAUCUUGUCGGCCGUGGUGCAAGCUGCGGCCAUGUCGGUGGUGGCGUAUCUUUUCGACAACGAGGAUCGGUUCUUCGUUGGAUGGAGGCUGGAUCAGUCCUGGAUCUUCUGUACCAUCAGCUGGUGCUUCAGUCUUGUCUGCGCAGGCGCAGUCAUUGUGGCUGCUUAUGCCCUACCUUCAGAAGGGGGCUAUGAAUUGAUCCCAGAUCACGACACUCUGAGGGUUACGUCUUGA